CACCAACACAGUUACAACAUUAAAAACAAUAGAGGAAUGCGAUCAAUAAACAAUUUUUACAAAAUUUUCUCUUUUCAAUAUAAAAGUAGUAUUAGUCAUUCAUGGUUCAAUGCUAAUUAUGUGAAACCUGAUUUUAUAUUGCAACGUCAGUUGAGCAGAAAAGUCAAAAUGUCCAAAUUGACCGAUGAACAACGAACAAGCCUGUUGCAGCCACUGUUAAAUUCUAAUGGAUGGUCAAUGGUCGAAGGCCGUGAUGCAAUUUACCGUGAAUUUUUAUUCAAGAAUUUUAAUGAAGCUUUCGGUUUCAUGACACGAGUAGCCUUACUUGCUGAUAAGAUGGAUCAUCAUCCAGAAUGGUUCAAUGUUUAUAAUAAAGUUCAAGUCACGAUGUCAACACACGAUUGCGGCGGGUUGAGUGAACGAGAUGUGAAAUUAGCCAAUUUUAUGAAUGAAAUUUCUAAAAUGUAAGAGAAAAAAAAAAUCAACUUGUUGAAUGUUGUUGUGGUGUUCUGCAAGGUCAUGUGUUGGAAUUUUUGAUGGAAAUGUAGCAACAACAAUGUCAAGGACGGAUCAUUGAGAUUGACAAUAAAGUUUAAAUUCUUUUAAGUUUGUUUUGAGCUUUCGGUGAAAUUUUUUUGUGUUUUUCU